UUCGAUGACAGCCUUUUUCCUUGAACGACGUUCAAUGGUGGAAAAAUAAACGAUUGUAAAUAAAAUUAAUAAACCGAUCGAAAAUCCACAGAAAGGUAAUAUGGACGUUUUAGACACGUAUUACAAUAAGGAUGAAUAUGUCGAAACUGCCUCUGGUAAUAAGGUCAGUCGACAGACAAUCCUUUGUGGCUCGCAGAAUAUCGUUCUCCAUGGUAAAGUUAUCGUCCAAAGUGGAGCUAUCAUUCGCGGAGACUUGGCCGCUGUCAGAACAGGACGGUACUGUGUGAUAUCGAAAGGAUCGGUUGUUCGGCCACCGUACAAGCAAUUUAGUAAAGGUGUAGCAUUUUUUCCCUUACAAAUCGGAGACCAUGUCUUCAUUGGCGAAGGUGCAAUAGUUUCUGCUGCAUCCAUAGGAUCAUAUGUCUACAUUGGGAAGGAUGCUGUCGUUGGUCGGAGAUGUGUCCUUAAAGAUAACUGCAUUAUAGAAGACGGUGCCAUCUUACCUCCAGAAACUACGCUGGCAAGUUACAUGCGAUAUACAGCGGAUGGUAAAAUUGAAGGAGGACAGGGAAAUCCGGAUUACGUUCCACAUUCUAUGCAGGAUUUAAUGGUCGAAUAUACCAAAUCGUACUACGAACAUUUCAUUCCGGCUACCGGUGCCUAAAUUUUUAUUUUAAGAAUGUUAAACAUAUUUAUUAAACAAAUUCAUUAAAACUGCGA